AUGCAAAAAGAUCAAUAUCAUCACUAUAUUCCAAGGUUUAUUCUUCGAAAUUUUGCUAUUAAUAAUCACGAAAGGAUAUUUGUGAGCAAUGGAACAUUAUCCAAAAAACAAAAACAGAGAUUUAAGGAAACGAAUAAGAAAGAUGCACUUCUUCAAGUUUAUUAUAUAAAUAGCAAUCAAUUUGACACCUCACCAGUUUCAAAAACUUAUGGAAACAUAAAUAUGUAUAAAGAUUUUAAUCAUGAAAAUGUGAUGCGAGUAGAAGAUAAACUUUCUAAACUAGAAAUGCAAGCAUCAGAUGUAAUCCGUAAUAUUGUCAAUGCUUCUCAAAAUGAAAAUCAGGUAGUUUUAUCUAGUACAAGUCUCAAUAAUUUACGCAAAUUUCUAUUUAUUAUGAACUAUCGAAAACCUCAUCGACAGUCUCAAUAUAUAAAUCAAGAUUUUGAUCUCAGAACUUGGCCAUUAAUAACAAAAUUUAUGCAAGAUUAUAAAAUACAACAUACUCGAGAAGUUUGGCUACAAAAUAUUCGUGAAAUACUAGAUACUACAGAUAAAGAUAUCCGAAAUAAUUUACAAAUAUUUAGUCCUGAGAAGAAUGAUUACAUGGAUUUCAUGAUGGACCGUUUUCUUGUAAUUUGGCAAGCAGGAGAAAAUGACGAGUUUAUUACAACUAGUAACGGAUUUGGAAUCUAUGACGGAAUAAAUGGAUUAUUACCAUCUUCUAAAGGUCAUUAUGCCAUCCGUUACUAUUAUAUUAUUUCUCCAAAGCUAGUAUUGGUUCUUUGCUCAACUCUUUUACGAGAAGAAUUUCGAGAAUUUCGAAAGAGUAGACUUAAUUCUAGUUUCUUUAAUGAUGUUCCUCAUCCGGAAAUACCGAAAUUAGUUAAAAUAAAUAACGAAAGUGAUGGAAAUCAACGCGCAUUUAUUGAUUCAAUUCUAAAUUCUCUAGGUUUCAAAAUUGAGGAGUGUGACACACUUAUUUUCCCCAUAGUUAAAGUUAAUUCGGCAACUGUUCACUUAGUGAAUACUAUCAUACUUAAUGAAACUAUGCCAGAUGAAGUUUUUUCCUUCCGUUCUCAAUCAAAUCUAUAUAAAUCAAUUAUUAAAUAUCAUAAUAGCAAAGAUCUCGAUACAAUAAAGCAAGAUCACACAAGUUUGAAAAAAAAAUUAUUCAUUGUUUUAAACAGAACUCAUCAAGAAAACUUAAGUCUCCGGAAAAUUCUUUCUGCUAACUAUAGAUCUAAUUGGAAAGAAUGUAAGAUAUUACAAAAUUCUGAUACUGAGAGGCAAGACCAAUUACGAAAUAAUACUACAGAAAUACUUCAGAAUUCUAAUCCUGAUCUUAAGGUACGAGACCAAAUCCGAGAUAAUCUUACCGAAAUAGUUCAGGAUUCUGAUCCUGAGAGGCAAGACAAAUUACGAAAUAAUAUUACAGAAAUACUUCAGAAUUCCAAUCCUGAUCUUAAGGUACGAGACCAGCUCCGAGAUAAUCUUACCGAGAUAGUUCGAGAUUUUGAUCCUGAUCAUGAGGUGCAAGACCAAGUACGAGAUAGUUUCACAGGAAUAGACAAAUUGCAUGAUAAUUUCACCAUUAUAUUUCAGAAUUCUGAUCCUGAAAAGCGAGACCAACUACAGGACAACCUUGUCGAUGAGGACUUAAAACUGUUGAUGGAUGAAUUUCGCGAAUUAACGAUAACCUCGCCUAAUCCAGCAAUCCGUCGUUGGGCUAUUCAGGAAUAUGUGAUGCGAAAAAAGGGAUUAGAACUUAAUCGUAAAGUAAAUAACAAAGAAUGGCCUAACCCAUAUGUACAGUGUCUGUAUAAAGGACCAUUUGACAAUGCUAAAAUACCGGUCGCCAAUUGUAGAUGUAACUCAUGCGUAAUCUACCGCAAAUUUAACGGCCAAUUAAAUGAACAUUUGAUGUCUGACAUAAUUAAAGAGCAACAGAGGCUGUAUAAAGUCCCUAAAACCUUGGAACCGAAUAAAGAUUUCCUAAUUGAAAUGUAUUUUCUUAAAGAUUUAGCAUCAGGGUAUGAGCCUAGUUACAUGCCAUUAAUCAUGCAAUGCCCCAACACUCGUUAUUCACUUAUGUUUGCCUGGCCUAAGCAUACUAGUAAUAAUUUCUCUAUGGGUAACUGUGCAUCAAUUUUUAAUUUGUUGCGUAGAGAUUGGAUGAUCACUGAACAUUUCGUGAAGGCCAAAGACCUGUUUGCCCGAUAUCCUUUCCCCGAAUCUGUAAGGAUUCGCAUUUCAUAUAAAAUAUUUUAUGAAAAGUAUUUACACGUCUAUGCUUUAGGUUUUCAUGAAAGUUUCGGAGAUCCCGCAAAAUAUGAGUUCACAACUACUUUAUUUGAUUUUAAAAAGCGUUUUCAGAAUAGUGAUUUAAUUUUUUCUUGA